AUGUUUCAACCUCUGACCCUGAAGAGCCUCCUUCCUCUGGCACCUCCACGCCUCAUGAGAAGCACCAGCAGUGGGACCAAUAAUGGGCUCAAACUGGCCAACAAAGUUGCUGUAGUCACAGGAUCCACAUCUGGGAUCGGCUUUGCCAUCUCCCGGCGUCUGGCCCAGGACGGGGCCCAUGUGGUCAUCAGCAGCCGGAAGCAGCAGAACGUGGACCGCGCAGUGGCCACGCUGAAGGGCGAGGGACUCAGUGUGACGGGCACCGUGUGCCACGUGGGGAAGGCCAAGGACCGGGAUCGGCUGGUGACCACGGCUCUGAAACACUGUGAGGGUGUGGACUUCCUGGUGUGCACAGCAGGGGUCAACCCCUUGGUGGGAAGUACCCUGGGGAGCAGUGAGCAGAUCUGGGACAAGGUCAUGAACGUCAAUGUGAAGGCACCAGCCCUCCUUCUGAGCCAGCUGCUGCCCUUCAUGGAGAAGAGAGGGCAAGGCUCAGUGGUCCUGGUCUCCUCCAUUGCAGCCUACCUCCCAGUUUCUAAGCUGGGAGUCUACAAUGUCAGUAAAACAGCCCUACUGGGCCUCACCAAGACUCUGGCAGUGGAAUUGGCACCAAAGAACAUCCGGGUGAAUGGCCUAGUACCAGGAAUCAUGGAAACAGAGUUCAGCAAAGUGGUAAGGUACAAGGGCAGCAACUCUUCCUACCCCCACCCUCUCUCUCCAUACAGACUGGGACAGCCUGAGGACUGUGCUGGACUUGUGUCCUUCCUGUGCUCCCCAGACUCCAGCUUCCUCACUGGUGAGAACAUUGCAGUGGCCGGCUUGUCCCCCCAUAUCUGA